AUGAUGGAAAGGUAUAUAAAAAUAUAUUGCUUGAUAAUAUAAAAUCAUUUCCUGGUGGGAAGUGCAAUGUCUCUAAAAUUGGUACUAUCCUGGAAAACAUGGGUUAUGAGCUGGAAGAUGAGGAAAUUGAAUACCUGCAGAACCACCUGCCAACUACUGAUGAAAAGAAGGUUAAACUGAAUAAGGUCAUGGAAAAUGUAGAGUCGUUUACAGGAACCAAGAUUAAUACUAAUGAAGUAGAUGAUAUUCUGAAAAACAUAGGGAUAGAACUCACACCUAAGGAACGCUGGAAACUGCUAAAAACUCUGCCAGUUACUUCUGAUGGAAAGGUGUGUCGCAAUCUGUUACUAGAUCGUUUAAAGACUUUCCAAGGAGGGAAGGUCUUUGAAAAUAAACUAGAAACCAUUCUGGAAAACAUGAACUACAAACUUGAAAAUGAAGAAAUGAAAGAUCUACGGAACCAUUUGAAAAUUGAUGACAAUGGAAAGAUUUUAUUAAAUUCUGUGAUCAGUGCAGCCAAUUUAUUUUCUGGUGAUAAGAUAAAUGCCAGUGACAUACAACUUUAUCUAGGAAAUGUAGGUAUUGAAUUUACAAAUAAAGAAAACCAGGAUCUACUGGACAUAGUGCCAUUUGAUGAUAAUAAAAGGGUAUAUAAAGAUAGGCUGAUGGAUGGAGUGAAGACUUACAGAGGAGGAAAGGUUAAUGUCAAUAAAAUAGAUGAUGCUCUUGAAAACAUGAGAAUCCCACUUGAGGAAGAAGAAAUUGAGAAACUGUGUGAAGACUUACCUCUUGAUGAUGAGAGAAGAGUUAAACUGGAUUUACUUCUGAAUGAAGUAGAUGAAAUUUUAGGGGAAGAAAUUGACUAUCAAUACCUGGAAAAUAUUCUGAAAAACAUAGGGUUAAGACUCCAACUAAAGGAAAACUCGGUAUUGAUGAAAAGUUUGCCACUUGAUGUUGCUGGAAAGUUGUAUAAGCAUAAGUUGCUGGAUGGUAUAAGGUCUCUCAAAGGAGUGAAGCUUAGUGUUGAUAAACUAGAACCUUUCAUGGAACAUAUGGGCUUUGAGCUUGAGGAAGAGGAAUACCAAGAUCUGAAAAACAACCUGCCCAUUGAUGAUGAGGGAAGAGUUAAUGUGAAUGUGGUGAUGGAUGAAGGAUAUCUUUUUACAGGUGAGAAGGUUGAUGCUAGGAACCUGGAAAAUUUUCUGGAAAAUAUGGGGAUAAAUCUCACAGAAGAUAAAGGCAUGCAACUGCUGAAUAAUCUUCCAAUUGAUGCCAAAGGAAAGGUAUAUGUGAACAGAUUGAUGAAAGAAUUGAGAGGUCUUGAAGGAACAAAAGUGUCUUCAGAUAAGAUGGAAAAUUUCAUGAAAAGCAUGGGAAUUGAUCUCAAGGAGAAAGAAAUCCAGGCACUGAAGGACCACCUACCAGUUGAUGAUAAUGGGAAGACUGAUUUGAAUACGAUGAUGGAUGAAGUUAAAAAUGUUACAGGAGAGAAGAUUCAUGCUGGGGAUGUGAAAAAUGUUCUGGAAAAUAUGGGAAUAGAGAUCACAAAUAAGGAGCACAAAAAGCUUCUGAAAACUCUGCCAGUUUCUGCUGAUAAAAAGGUGUUUAAGAAAGAAUUAUUGGAUGGUGUGAAAUCCUUCAGAGGAGGGCAGGUUAAUGUCAAUGACCUAACAAGUGUUUUACAAAACACUGGGUUCAGACUCGAAGAAAAAGAAAUCAAGGACCUGAAGAGUCACCUGCCAGUGACUGAAAAUGAAAAGGUUGACCUGGAUGUCUUGAUGGAUGCAGCAAAAGCUUUUACAGCUCGUACCCAGAACAGAAGUGUCAUCUGUUUAUUUGGAUUAAAGAAUGCUUUCAGGUACUGA